AUGUUGCCAGUGCGACCCCACCGACAUGGUUAUCAGGAUGCUCACGACGAAAAUGAAGUUUUUGACGAGGACGCCCCCGAAGAGGCUAUUGAGUUCCAUGGCAAUAGCUCCAUUCAUCACCAUGGAAGUAAAGCCAUCAUCCUUUGUGACCGUGAAGUUGCCGACAUGAUUGCCGAGAAAGUACGGGUCUUUUGUUGGAUUCUCACCGGUAAGGAGAACCAUCAAAAACGAGCGAUUCACGUAAAGGCAACAUGGGUUAAACGAUGCAACAAAUAUCUCUUCAUGUCAUCAGAAGAUGAUUCUGAACUGCCAGCUAUUAAUCUAAACGUGUCUGAAGGACGUGAUCAUCUUUGGGCGAAAACAAAAGCAGCGUUCAGAUACAUUUACGACCACUAUUUGGUAGCUUUUCUGCAACUUGUUAACGAUUAUGACUGGUUCUUAAAAGCCGACGACGACACCUACGUUGUGGUGGAAAAUUUGAGGUACAUGCUUCUGGCACAUUCACCUGAUCAACCUGUUCAUUUCGGCUGCAAAUUCAAGCCUUUUACUAAGAAAGGUUAUAAUAGUGGUGGAGCGGGGUACGUGCUUAGCCGAGAGGCAUUGAAGAAGUUCAUCAACGAAGGGUUGACGGACCCGAAAAAAUGUUCUCCUAAUCACGGUGGCGCCGAAGACGUUGAAAUAGGGAAGUGUUUGGAGAAAAUCGGAGUGGUGGCGGGAGAUUCACGUGAUAGUGAGACCCAUCAUAGGUUUUUCCCAUUCGUUCCUGAGCAUCAUUUAGUACCUGGUCAUGUGGAUAAAUCGUUUUGGUUUUGGCAGUACAUUUAUUACCCAAUGGAGCAGGGUCCGAACUGUUGUUCAGAUUAUGCCAUAUCAUUCCAUUAUGUCAACUCGAAUCUUAUGUACGUGCUUGAAUACUUGGUUUAUCAUCUUAAACCAUUCGGUGUUGAUCGCUCUCUGAGGGUUGGAUGGAAUGAGACCAAGUUAGAAGCUGCGUAUGCCUCAGCUCGCCUAGCAAUGGGUCCGGACGAUGUGUAUCGAGACGCGAAAAUACAGCUCUGA